AGUGGCUGCGAAUCCAUAUGUGGCUGGGUCCUUCUUGGCCACAGUGUUGCCCGUGUUCUUGUUCGUCCCCGCUCAACGCUGCCAGUCUUGCAGUCCAGUCCAGCCACCAUCGCUGGAAGCCGACCACGGAUUUGCGGGUGUGAUCGCCUUCUGUCGAGAUCUUGUCCAUUGGGAGUGUUCGUGACACGGCCGUUUGUUCUACCACGACGUACCCGCCGUGGUGCUCCUCCUCCUCCUCCUCCUCCUCCUCCACGCUCACCAUGUCUCUCCACACCUCUUAUCACGCCGACUCGGACGCCGACGAUGAGUAUGAACGGAGUGUCAUCACAUCGCCGCGCAUUCCCACCGAUUCAGAGGCCUCCCCGACCGAUUCGGAGCCGCGUUCGUCGGAGCAUACCCCGACCACCUUUUCCUACGCGGGAGACGACCGGCGGUCGCCUCGGACAGUCAUCACAGAAUGGACUGCAAGCGAAAGUGCAGAGUUUAUAACGGGGCUGGGCCUGGGGCAGUAUCGUAACGCGUUCCUGGAAAAUGAGAUUGUCGGCGAUGCUCUGAUUGCGCUUAAACAUGAUGAACUCAAGGAGAUCGGCAUUGCAAGCGUGGGUCACCGGCUGACCAUCUUGAAGAGUGUCUAUGAGGCAAAGGUUAAACAGGGGGUUCCCAUCGAUCCAGAUGAUUAUUUACCUCUAUCGGCGGACCAAAACACAAAUGAGAAUGCAACGCAGGACGAUGUCGCGCGACUAAUUCAGUCGAUCCGACUACGGGACGAGAAGAUCAUCUCGGUGGAGGCAGAACUGCGCCGAGUGGCCGAGGAUUAUCGGCGGUUACGAGAAGAACUGCUACCCGUAUUCAAAAUGGCCAAGGACCGAUCCCAACCGCUACCGCCUCCGUACAGCACCUUGCCUGGUGACAUGUACGGCCAUGACACGCCGGCCCUUGGCGCGGCGUCCGGGAUGAACACGGGCGGGCCGACGUCAAGCAACAACUCCCCGACGCAUAUUCCGCCCUCGAUCCACGAGGGUCGGACGUACAACGAUAGCAGCACACUAGAUGCCCCGACCUCUUCACAUCUGACCACCACCAUGAACGGCAGUUCGACACCGUCUCCGGGAAUUCCCUCGCCGACCUCCCCCGGCGGGCACUAUGGCCAGCAACCGAUGCUGGCCUCGCGGUCAUACUCGCAACCGACGCCCGGUAGCGGGAAUCGCACCACCAUCCACGACUCGGAUGUCACCAUUAACUCCACCACCACCAACACCACCACCACCACGAUGAGCACACCCGCUAGUCUCCCCUCCCGUCCGGCUCCGUCGCCCGCUACACGGUCAGACCCAGCACCCCCAGCACCCCCGGCGCCAAGCCGCUCGGACUCGCGCGCCGGCGAGGCGCCCAGCGUGGAGAUCUUCAAAUCCUUCCGGGUCUCCUUUGACGAUCCGUGCCAGAAGGUGCUCCCCGCCGCGCUGAAGAAGUACAACAUCAACGCCGACUGGCGCGACUACGCGCUGUACAUUGUCCACGGGGACCAGGAGCGCUGUCUCGGCCUGGACGAGCGGCCGCUCGUCGUCUUCAAGCAGCUGGAAAAGGAAGGCCGCAAGCCCAUGUUCAUGCUCCGAAGGCAGAUCCACUCCGUCGACAGCGGCGGGCCCGUCGGCAGCGGCGGCAGUGUGGGUCUGGGUGUCAGCGGCGGUGGUACAGCGUACAGCUCGACAGGGCCCGGCUCUGCGCCUGGCUCUGCCUCGUUUGAGAACGGCGGGCGAUCCGCGCAGAUCAACCUGCCCGGUGGUGUUUUAUAGUCCUUUCUUUCUUCCUCUCUUUCUUCCUUUCUUUC